UUCUACCAGGUGCAGUUAAAAUAAACACGCGCUUUGGCAAGCACGACAAAACGCCAUUAACAUUUACACGAAGGGCUGUCCAGGAUAUUGUAAAAAAAAGACAGAAAAAAGAGAAAAUACAAAACAGUGGGCUUUUAACAAGACAUUGUAUAGGAAUACUUCGAGAGGGAGACUCAAACGUACUUCAGAAGACAUAAAACAGAUGUUGCUUAUGCAGUGAGAGAGCCAAGCCAUGGCGGUGAUCAUGUUGUUGGUGACUCUAGGUAUCCUAGGGUUUUCUAGGAGGUUAAGUAAUACAAACGCAGCAGAAACAGGAGAUUGUGACUUUGACAAUAACACCUUAUGUAACUGGACAAACAGCGCUGCUGCGCCGAAUCGGUGGAUUCUCUGGCGUGGACCUACACCGAGCCCCGGCACAGGGCCGGCCUCUACCUUCACUGGAAAGGGUUAUUACAUCUACGUGGAAGCUUCUGGUUACAAACAUGGCGACAAUGCCAGGCUGAUAAGCCCCACAAUACAGGGAUCUCAUUGCUUGUCGUUUCGUUAUCAUAUGCACGGAGCCGAUUUGGGAACCCUGUUGGUGAGGUCAAGCACAGCGCUCACAGCCUUGUGGGUAAAAUCAGGAAGCCGGUUGGACAAAUGGCAAGAGGCCAGAGUCUACAUACAAAACCUGUUUAAGUACAAGGUUGUCUUUGAGGUAAUCCGCGGACCUCACUUCACAAGCGAUAUUGCGAUCGACGACAUUCAGUUUAACAAAGGGCGUUGUUCACAGAUAAGUACCCAAGAGAUCCAUUCGUACUUCAAGCAAGACAGCAAUAUCUUUAAACUGGACACCAGCCCUGCCAGCACUGGAUGGGUUUAUCAAUUCUCUUUUCAAGCCUUACAAACUCGGAACUCUUCAACAGACGAUCUCUAUUUCAUUUAUCCAUCAGGCUGCAGUAAAGACAUUAUAUCUCAAAAUUUUGAAGUGCAAAGCAUAAGCUGUUAUCCCACUGAAUUCUUUUAUGCGUCCAAGACAAACAAAGAAGGGUUUACGAGAGUGGUUUUCACAAAUCGCAAGAAUGGAUCCUUGCCUAUCGGAAUCACCAGUGGUAAUAAUAUGGGGUGCUGUGGAGAAACUGUCGAGAAUAUAUUUUUUGCGAAUUUCACAAAACACGUAAUGUCUGAUUGUUUCCCGGGAUGGCACAAGGUGGGGGGCACAUGUUAUCAGCACCACGACACACCGCUGACAUGGAACGAGGCCCGCGUUGCUUGUCGCAUGCGAGGUGGACAGCUAGCCACUCCCAAGACAUCACGUGAAAUGACUAAUUUGCAUUCUUACUUCAGCAUGUUUCCAGAAGUGUUGGCUAGAUAUUACCUACUGGGUGCUUCAGCACGCUCCGAGUACCGCUGGCAGUGGUUAUCGCGGGCUGAGGCGGAUCAGAAGAUGUGGGGGCCUGGUGAGCCUUCAAGCGACGGGAAUUGUGGGAAUCUUCUCCGCGCGGACGGAUGGGACUCGAAAUGGGCCGGCCACGGCUGGAGACUUAACGAUGAGCUCUGUGCAUAUAGGCAGGGGUAUAUUUGUCAGAUGAAGAAGGGAAACCAAAGCUGUUAUGACGGUUGGGAAACUAUUGAUGACUACUGCUUCGAGUUUAAAGUCUUGCUACACAAAACCUGGCAGGAAGCUCGCGAGGACUGCUGGAAGAAAUACAGUUACCUUGCGAUCAUACAUUCAGAACGGCUGCUGGCCCAGCUGGCUGCCAAACUAGACCUGUUGCUGACAGCAGGGAGACUCAAGGAUCCACGGGUAUUCGUAGGGCUGAAGAAAGUCGGGCAGUAUCGCUGGCUCGACGGGGAAAGGGUUGAAAACGAGCUGUGGCAUAAUGAAUCGUUUGAUUACUUCAGUGAUGGUAUGUGCUCGAGCGCUGUGCAUUCAGAGAAGAAUACAGGAAUGUUUCGCCAGGAUUGCAGCUAUCCCUUUGCAUACUUGUGUCAAUCGAAUUGGCGAAACCAUGCCUACCGGACAAAAGCAAUAUUAAACAAACCAAUUGUCUCGGGGACGCCAGAGUUCUCGGUUGAUGGGGAUUAUUCAACAUGCUUUAUAUCACAAAAGACUUCAAACCCCUCGCUAACUAUUCAGCUCAAGAAAGCAAUCUUCGUGUCUCGUGUUGUGAUAACAAAUCGUAAAGAUUGCUGCCUAGAAGUCAUGACAAACUUGAGGGUGCUGUUGGGCGACAUGCCAGCUUCGUGUCGUGCGUACGAGUACUACGACUCCAGCCGGUCCACCAUUUUCAUCUGUCACGCGUCACACAAGACUACCAAUGUCACGAUACAGCAAGAGGAACAUCAUGGGGUCCUGACACUUUGUGAGGUUACCGUGUCCGGUUCAGAUAAGGAGCGGGAUUUCAACGGCGUUCACCAGGAGAUCUGGUAUCAAGUGUCAUCCGGAUCUUUGACUAGUUUACGCGCCAGCGCGCGUUUUCCGGCCCAGCCCGACUCGGUCAAUACCCUAAAUAACUUUGAUGCUCCUUGGAACAUCGCCACCAACUAUGGUCAGCGGCUUGUUGCAUAUAUACAGGUGCCGUUAAGUGGAUCGUAUACGUUUUACGCAGCAUGUGACAAUGAGUGUGAGUUAUGGCUCGAUGAAUCAAGAGGAGGAAUCAUCCACAUAAACACAGUGGAAGGCGACUCUUCCGCCAAAAUGAUAAUUCAACUCGGAGCUGGUGUCAAAGCAAAACAUCUGGAAUGGGACAGGUACUCUGAAAAGCAAAAGUCCCGCCCAGUUUCCCUCAGCCAGUGUCACCUAUACAAGAUUGAGCUUUUGAUGAAGCAAGGACUAAAUAACGACUGCGCUUCUGUUGGUAUGAGACUGCCGAAUGGGACAUACGAACGGCCAAUCCCGGCCCACAGACUCUUCUGGGUAAACCCAGGGACAAGGCAGAUAUCGUUCAAACUUAUAAGCAAGGAGCUAGACGUGGUCAAUGAAGUCGGUACACCGCUUACUGUUCGAGCUACGUACAAGUACUGCUGUCAUGGCGUCUACUGUCCGUCCUGUCAUGUCCGACUUUAUCUCCACUUGCUGAACAAGUCAUUUCUUGUUAACGAGUCGUUAUCGAUGACAUGUGAAGAGUACACCUUCGAGACGAGCGUGACUACGCUAGUUCAGCCGAGCAAGUACGAAAUCAAGACAUCGUUUUCAUUUUACGGUGACCUCGAUAGCCAUAGAGAGGAGAAGACUGUAGGAUAUUUGCAGAUUGUUGCGAGGAACAUAGUACAGUGCACCUUUAGUCGGGACACAUGCUCAUGGCAGAACUAUGACAAAAAUGGAGAACAAGGCUGGAAGCUAUCCCGACAUCCUUACGUGGAUAAAGAUCAGAUGAUUUGGUUGGCAGAGAGGAAAAGUGCAUGGCUAGAGAGUAAGUGGAUCUUGACGGAUGUCGCUCAGAAUAUGCUUGGCCUCUGUAUGAAGUUCAACUUUCUUCUUCCAACUCGUACAAGCUCUGGGCUAAAGAUUUACUUGAAAUCGUCAAAGCAAGCGAACGGAAGCGAAAUUUGGUCAGUACAGAAUUAUCAAGGACCAAGCUGGAUAAGUGGACAAGUUUCGUGGAGGAGUGAUAGCAAAUUUAAGGUACUAGUGCUUGGCGAAAGUCAGAUUAACGGAACUCUGGCCGUAGCCAUUGACAGAAUCAUCAUUUCUACAGAAACAUGUGAACAGCUUCCAGUACACAGUGUACCAGGAUUCAGAUGCCCGGAUAAGAGUACUCAGUUCCAGUGCGCUAACGGCCAGUGCGUCAGUCGUGAUCUGAUUUGCGACGGAGACAAUGCUUGCCUAGACUUCUCUGAUGAGGCAAACUGCAAAUGCCUGUCGUCCAAGUUCGCUUGCGAGAGCGGAGAAUGUAUUGACGUGGUGGGUUUGUGUGAUGGAACUGAUGACUGCAAAGACGCUUCUGAUGAAAGUCGUUGCGAUCACAAGUGUUCUAAAGACGAGUACCAAUGUGUAAGCGGCGCAUGCGUUAAGUGGCCCUUGACGUGUGAUGGCAAGAAAGACUGUGAAGACGGGACAGACGAGCCCGCGAUAUGCGGAAAUCUUAGUUGUGCUUUGAAUAAUAUCACGUGUCGUCAUGAAGGCUGGAAUGUCGCCCAAAUGAAAGAUUGCGCACAUAAUAGAGUAAUUUGUGAUUUUGAGAGCGACCUCUGCGGCAUGAUGCACGAUAAGAGUGCCGAUCUUCAGUGGCAGAUGGGCAAAGGACCAACGCCGACGAAAGAAACCGGUCCAAGCUACGACCACACUACGCUAGGGAUCAUAGGAAAAUACAUAUAUCUAGAGGCUUCAGACCGCAAACCUGGAGAGGGAGCAUCGCUAGUCACGGAUAAGAUCAAGGGAGGUCGCCCGAGCUGCAUCCAGUUCUGGUACCACAUGAAAGGCGUCCAAAUCGGUACCCUUAACAUCUACGCGCUGGUUAACAAAUCCAGUAGCCUGCUUUGGACACGAUCUGGGCAUGUCGGCGACUUGUGGAUGUUCGGCCAAGUCGGUUAUAACGGAUCAGAGAAUUAUCAAAUUGUUAUUGAGGGCGUCACAGGAAGUGGAAUGCGAGGGGAUAUUGCAGUUGACGACUUUGCGACAUCCAAUACCAACUGCGCGUCCGUCAUAGAUGAAGGAGGUCUGGAUUGCAAUUUCAACUACAACACUUGUAGCUGGAAAUCCGGGACUAGAUGGAAACUGAGCAAAUACUUACAAGGAGCAACUAUUACAGAUUGGCAGGGAACACAAGGGGGCUAUCUCCAACUGAGUCAUAGCCUUACUUGGGAGCCAAUCACAAGUCCACCCCUGUAUCCAAUGGAUGACGUUCGUUGCCUGAGGUUUUGGUACUUCAUAAGCUCCAUAAGUCAGACAGAGCUCCAGGUGUCGAUCAAAACACAGGACGUGACGUCACUGAUUUGGGCCAAUGAGACGACAACACUUGGCUGGUCAUACGUUCAGGUUCCACUGGACAUCAGGGGGAGGUGUGAGAUUGUUAUUGAAGGUCAAAAGCACUCUAAAGUGUCAGCUCUGCUGAUAGAUGACGUAUCGUUUUCUCGGGAGAACUGUGAAAAUAUACCAAGAAACGAUCAGCCACCGGAGGUAUACAAGUCGUCAUACGGGGCGCUAAAACAUUGGAGACUGGAUGGUUUUGACAAGGAAAUAUCGGUAUUUGGAAGGGUAAAAUACGCCAGACACAACAACAAGCGAGUCACGUGUCUUGACGGUAAAACGUCCUACCUGGAGACUCCAGCCGUGGACUUUCGCACGAUCAGCUUCAGCGUGUCCGCGUGGGUGAAGAUAAUCGAUCCGCUCAAAAUGAGCUUCAUCUACUCGGAUUGGUCCUCGCCUUUUCAGUUCAGACUCUAUGUUCGUGAUAAUAGUUUGGCAGGAGAACUACGCAAAGGAGGUCAUUGGCAGACACUAGUAUCCGUAGCAACAGGCAGGAGCUUUCCAAGUAAUAAAUGGGUCUUCGUGGCUAUGACAUGGGACCGAGGCAACCGGGAAUUCUGUUUGUACCGAGACGAACGUCGACAGGGUUGUAUGUCAUACAUCGGAAAUGACGUAGAUCUAAAGCAGACCAAUCACACUAAGUAUGAGAUCGGUCUAAAGAAAGACACAGGAAACAUGAUGCACGGAUGCAUCAGUGACCUAAUGGUGUUUGAUCGUAAGCUGGAGGUCGGUGAAAUUAUGAAGCUCUAUAGUCCCAGUCGUACUGAGUGCUCAAUUCGCCGAGCUGCGAAUGGCAGAUGCUGUGUGUUUCCUUUUACAUUGUUCGGCCAGCAGUACCAUAGCUGUACUCAUGUGUACUACAAUAAAGGCCUUUGGUGUUCGAUUACAACAAACUACGAAAAGGACAGACUGGCCUAUCCCUGUGUUGUGGAUCAGCCUUGUGGAGCGCUUACAGACGAUUGGUGUGGAUGGAAUAGUGAUCACCCAUCGUUACCAUGGGAACAAAUGCUACAUGAUGACAUGGCAAAGUUACCGGCCAUUGUAGAUGGGUUUAUAAAUCGUUUUAAGUGGAAUAACAACACAGGUCACCAUUCCAGUAGCGAUUAUGAGAUGAAUUUCGCUGCCAACCACACUGGCUACGUCAGUAUUCCAGGCCUUCCCAGCAUGCAAGCGUUCACAAUCUGUCUAUGGGUAAAAACCACUGACACGUUGUAUGCGGGCACUCCUUUCCUGUACCGUGUGCGAUACGAGCGGACUGGGCAAUACGUGUCUGCCAUCGCCCUGGUGGACUACAGGAACUUAAAGUUGUUUGUGGGAGAGUCAACAUCUAAUCCAACCAACCUUAAGAUCAAUACCGGGAGUUGGCGUCACCUGUGCUUACGUUGGAAGUCACGUGGCGGGAUCGUGUUUGUCCACGUGGAUGCAUAUGCUCUUUCUGGUAGCUCCUUCGCUCUAGGAGAGACUAUACAAGGGGGUGGCGAGUUGAUAGUGGGUAUGCCAGCAUCCAUUAGCAAGACUCUUCAGGGUAACGUCGGUCAGUUUGUCGGCUCUGUGAGCAACAUAAACAUGUGGGGCCGCUUUCUGCCCGGUAACCACAUCCGGUGGAUGAGAGAGGGCUGUGGUACUGAGUUCCUUAGGAUAACUCUAGCUUGGUACCUCUUCAAGGACUAUAUAGUGGGCGAUGUGGAUGUCCAAGCGCCGACUUCUUGCAAAGACCCCCAAGGUGUUCGUGCUGUCCUGGAUUCUACAAACAAGACGAUUCCCCUCAACACGACCUCUGUGUUCGAGAGCCCGCUCUUCCCUAGUGCACUCGAGGGCUAUGGCUUAUGUCUGAGGUUCCGCUACAUGAUGUACGGCCCUGGAAUGAGGAGGUUACGGUUGUACCAAGGGCUAUCGCAAGAGAACCUCACACGGAGACUGCUUUGGGCCGUGAACGAAUCGAACAACACGGACGGCAGCUGGAAAUACGCUGAGACUGCACUCUCGGGUGUUGAUAAAUACAAGGUCUUUAUUGAAGGAGAUACAGGAGGACUUCCUGGGUUCAUCGCCAUCAGAGGAAUGUUUCUGACUUCCGGGUACUGCUCUGCAUUCCCUUUAAGAGCAGGAGGAGUUUGUAGUCACAAAUUGACUUCACACUCUGGAUACCUUCACACGCCCUUCUACCCCGCGUACUACCCCGACUACGCCCGUUGCUCAUGGCUCAUAACCGUCCCAAAAGCCCACAGAAUCAGACUAAGCUUCCUAAGCUUUGAGCUAGAGGAGCACCCGAUUUGCCAAAAUGACUAUGUCGCUGUGUAUGAAGACGGAGGAAGGCGGGAGAUUGGAAAAUACUGUGGCAAGAGAUACCCGAGAUUUCUAGAGUCAACAGGGAGUACUCUGAUCGUAAUAUUUUGGAGUAACUUUGGGAUUGUCAGAAGUGGUUUUAAAGCUAGUUACGAAGCCAUACCAGAGGAGAGUACGAGGACAGAGACCUGCUUGCGGUUUGAAGGGUGCCCAGUUGGCAUUGAGUGUGUUCCUAUCACUCACGGCAGCAAGUCGCUGGUUCUCACCGCCAGUCAUCACCACACCAUAACCACGUUUCCGUCAAGCCUGCCUCAGACGUCUACAAUCAUACUGUUCGGACACAACCACGUGUCCAGACUGAUGUCAAGAGUUUUUUCGCAAGCUGCGACUAGUGUCACUUACGUGGAUUUUUCUUAUAACACCAUAAAAGACGUCCACGUUGAUGCAUUCCUAAACGCCACUCGUCUUCAGACGCUGAGGAUGAAUAAUAAUUUUCUGCGUACACUGCCUCGUACAACAUUUGAUCAUUUAGUGGAGCUAAGAACAUUAGAUCUUAGUGAAAAUCUGCUGAAAGUUUUACCACCUGAUCAGUUCUCAGCACUGACGGAUUUAACAACUCUGAGUCUGAGAAGGAACUUACUGGAAACACUAGAAGCAGGAACAUUUAACACUACGAGAAACCUUACAUCGCUAUAUCUAGGCUACAAUCAGAUCUCUGAAGUUCCAGAUUUUCUAUUCCGCAACCUUCGCAGCCUUAAAGUGUUACAUUUGAAUAACAACAAGAUCAAGACAUUCUCAUCCAACAUGUUUUAUGGCCUUAACUCCCUACAGACCCUGCAUUUGCAGAACAAUCACCCAACUUACUUUUCACCAUCAGCAUUUGAUGGCUUGUAUAGUCUGAAGGAGUUGCGUGUGGAUGGGUUCAUAAUGUGCUGCUUUGCUAAAAAGGCGGCGCCAGCCCUGCGAUGUAUCUCCCCAAAGAACGUGUUCUCUAGCUGUGAUGACUUGAUGAAGAACAAGACCUUACAGGUGUGCAUCUGGAUUCUUGGCUUAUCCGCGCUGAUCGGUAACAUCUUCGUCGUUCUUCUUCGUCUUAUCAUUAAAGAAGACAACAAAGUCCACUCAUACCUCCUCACAAACCUCGCCCUAGCGGACUUCCUAAUGGGUGUAUACAUGCUCCUGAUCGCAAUAAAAGACGUCGAGUAUCAGGGAGAGUACUUCAAGCACGACAUCGAGUGGCGGUCAGGCAGACUUUGUCAAUUUGCCGGCGCCUUAUCUCUGACCUCAAGCGAAGUCUCGGUGUUGUUGCUGACACUGAUAACAGCAGAUAGGUUUAAAAGCAUCGUCUUCCCGUUUCAUUUCAAGCGGCUUAGUUUUCGACUAGCGGUUAUAAUUGUUGGGAUUAUUUGGACCGUUGUGAUUCUAAUGUCUGUGAUCCCAAUAUUUGAGUUGGAGUACUUUUACGACAAAUCGCGUGGUGUGGGCUAUUAUGGCCGAUCUGCGAUUUGCCUGCCGCUGCAGCUCUCCAAAGACAAACUAGCCGGCUGGGAGUACUCAGUCGCAAUCUUCGUCGUGUUAAACUUUGUUUCCUUCGUCUUCAUCUUGGUGGCGUACAUCAUCAUGUUCCUCACUGUUCGUAAAAUGUCGCGCUCCAUUCGAUCCACGACUAUUAACCGCGAGUCGCAGAUGGCAAAGCGCAUGGCAUUCAUCAUAGUCACAGACUUCUGCUGCUGGAUGCCGGUUAUCAUCAUUUGUAUUCUCUCCUUAAAUGGCCACUUUGAUGACCCCGGUAAUCUAGUCUACGCCUGGAUAGCGGUGUUUGUUCUUCCGUUGAAUUCAGCAGUCAAUCCAGUUCUGUACACGUUUUCCACCCCAUUGUUUAGAAAAAAACUCGCAGAGAUACCAAGCACCAACGCUAAUAAAUCCCGUAACACACUAGAGGCGAUCCAUUUAAGCAAAGGGAGUCCCAACCUGUCUACGCUAGGACUGGGUCAGAGAAAACACUCCACAUUCAGCUUGUCGAGUAAAGGCCUGCUCGUCCCGCAAUCGCCUGCUUCGGAAGUACAUUCAUACGAGAACGUAGCUGUUUCUACGGACGAUAUCCAACCCGAGUACAAAGUUGGCAUGAAGCUAAGACUGAUUGAAGUACCAGAUAUAUUCCAGGAAGACAAGACAACUUCUGGGUAUGCUGUGGCGUGGACGGAACCAGUGAUUGGCAAAAUUUCUCUUCAAUUAAUCAAGCAUAUGCCUAGAAGAGAAGAAAGAUGUUGGCGUAAAGAGGCGGAACUAUUGUCGGAGUUAUCUGCCUCCAAUCCUCCUAAUAUCAUCAAGUAUUGCUGGCACGCUAAGGGUAACGACUUCACCAUUGAGUACAGCAACCCUUCAUUCCCCAAAAUUAAACACGAUUCGCUCUUGUUGUGCUUUGAUUUUGUAUCAAACACAACCCUGGACGCGUUCCUCCGCGAGAAGGAAGGCGAACUCAGCCUGGAUUGUGUAUGCGCAGUUGCUAUCGAUCUGAGUGACGCUCUAAUAGAGCUUCAUAACCAUGGUGUGGUACAUAACGCAAUCAGUGCAUCGAGUGUAUUCAUCGGGAGGUGCCUACGGUUCCCACCCAUACGAGCUGUUCUUGGAGGGUUCUCCAAAGCAGAAAAAAUAGAUGACGAGACGUCAUCAUCUAAACGCCGACCGAAAAAUCACAAGGCUUUGAGGGAACUCAAACUAGCAAAGAAUGUGCACCAGUUCGGGGACGUGCUUUCCACGCUGAUUGGCUGCUGUCAGUCACAUGACGCUUACGAGCUGGCAGAGGUCGUUAGAAUAUGUCGUCAACAACGAAACGUCUUUACUACCUCUCCCGUGCAGAUCAAGUCGAUGCUGGAGGAUGUAUGGUGCCGCACUGAAAUAUGGGAUACCUAUUUAUAAGUGACCUUAAGAGCCCUGUACAAACAUUGCCAGCACCGGCCAGCAUUGCUGGCGAUUUCUUCCUCGACUGACCAUAAGACAAAAGAAA